UAUGGUCGAACGCUCGAUCGUCUGGAAACCGAACACAUGAAAGCCUUCGACCACUCGUUCAGUGCCUCGCCUAGUCGCUCAAGUUGCAUAUAGGAUAUGGUCUCCCCUUCCGCGGCGCUCUCCAUAGCCGCCCUCGCGGCCGGGGUCACGCUGAUGUUCCUCGUCCACGUCCUCGUCAUCUUCUGGGCUCUGCGGCGUGACCGCGACAUGGACGACGCCGAGGAGCGUGGCGCGGCAGAGAACGGCAGCGGCGCCGGGGAAGUCAACAAGGUCCUCACCGCCGACGAGCUCGACACGCUGCCGUGCUACGACUUCGAUGCCAGCGGCGGGGAUUGCGCGGUGUGCCUGGAGGCGUUCGAGGCCGGCGACCGCUGCAGGCGGCUGCCGAGGUGCCAGCACAGCUUCCACGCGCCGUGCGUGGACUCGUGGCUGAAGAAGAGCCGCUGUUGCCCCGUUUGCCGCGCCGACGUGGUUGGCGGGCCGGGCGAGCUGAAGGUGAAGGUGGUGGCUGAGGAGGGAGAGAUGCCUCGGCCUUUGCCGUUGGAGAUGGCGGAGAGGAGUGGUGGUAGCCCUGUCGCGUUGGAGGUCGUUUCAGAAAGAAUGCAAGAGCAUAGCAGGGGAAGUAUUCCUGACGGGGGCUGAAGGUCCCAAGAUCUCGUCCGUGUAACACUACGUAAUUUUUCUCUCCAUAUAUACACAGUGACCGUGCUCUUAAUUUUUUUUUCCGCUUUCACAUGUAAACAUAAUACACACAAAAAUUCACAUCUAUCUAUUAUAUACUAAAA